GCAUAUUCACUUCUUCUCGAGGCUGCAGAAUUGGGUCACACAAAAUCCAAGGAAGAAGUGGCAAUGAUGAACUUGUUUGGAUACAUUGCGCCCCAGUCAAUUCGUUCAGCCUACCUUGCAUUUACCGCUCUCUCAAAGGAAGGAAAUCCCCGUGGCCAAUUGGGACUCGGUUUAAUGCAUGCAAUUGGCCUGGAAGUAAAUGCGUCAGUUCCCCAUGCUCUUACGUAUCUUACCUUUUCUGCUAUUGGUGGAGACUCUCUUGCCGAAAUGGCGCUAGUGAACUACUUUCAGAAGACUUGA